UGUCUGUGCCUUCUGCAGAAACGGUCUUGCCCGAUGAUUCAGAAAUUUCAGCUUCCAAGCUAACAAAUCUCCGCCUCGCCUCUGCCCCCUGGCUCGUUUGCAGCAAUUCAGAGUUUCAUUUUGGUUGGAAUUUUGUUAUACAGAAUAAUUUAGUGAACCGGAGAUGGGUAACUGGUGGUCCGCCGUAGAACCGCCGCCACCGAUGGUGUUGGUUCCGCCGCUAUUCGAUUUCCCUCCGCUCGCCGCCCGUAUUAGAAUGCUGGAAUCAUCGUACAACUUGUUGUUCGGGAAACUGGCUUUGAGAUGUCUCUUCGAUGAAUAUUUUGAAGAAGCAAAGCAUUUUAGCACGAGAAUUAUGCUUAAGCCGAUUGAUGAUCCGCAUGUCGAUUUGAUUGCCACUGUUUCUGGACCACUCAAUCACAACCCUGAAGAGAAAAUCAUAGGAAAUGCACAGUUUCGCUGGCAAAGUGAUGUUCAAGAUCCUCACACAUUCAUCGACCUUUUUGUAUCAAGCACUAAACCGAUUUUACUGAUGAGGUCCUGUGCUUACCACAUCAAAUCUGGGUUUGGAGUAUUUGGAAUCUUUCCAGUGCUUUUGAGACAAAGACUAUUUUCUGAAGAUUAUGGCGUUAUGGGAUUUCGAUAUGGCUCCCCAAAUCUGUCAGUUGGAGCUACAGUUAUUCCUUUCUCCCAUAAGUAUGAUCUCCCCAAAAAUGCGUGGUUGGUGAGCAAGAUGGGAAGGUUAACUGCUGGAGUUCAAUAUGAACCACAAUGUAAGUUUUUCAAAGUUGGAAGUAAAGAUGGAGCAAGAUACAAAAACUUAGCAAAUUGGAGCUGUGCAAUUGGUUAUGGAUUAGGAUCUGGCAGUCCAUUGAGCCCAUCAUUCAAUUUUGGACUUGAACUGGCUAAAAAUUCAAAGUUCAUUGCUUCCUUCUAUCAACACGUGGUAGUCCAAAGACGGGUGAAAAAUCCACUUGAGGAAAAUGAAAUAGUAGGAAUCACAAAUUACAUCGACUUUGGUUUUGAGUUACAGACGAGGGUCGAUAACGACGAGUCGUCGAACAAUAUUCAAGAUUCCACUUUUCAGGUUGCUGCAUCCUGGCAAGCCAACAAAAACUUCUUACUUAAGGGAAAGGUUGGACCUCUCAGCUCAUCAAUAGCUUUAGCUUUCAAAUCGUGGUGGAAACCGUCUUUCACUUUCAGCAUAUCAGCUAUUAGAGAUCGCAUCAAAGGAGAGACGGCCAUUGGAUUUGGUUUUAAUGUCGAAAAUAUUAGGGAAGCAAGUUAUCAAAGAGCCGAUCCGAAUUAUGUGAUGCUGACGCAGAACAAAGAGCAUCUAGCUGAGGGCAUCCACUGGAAAAUAGGGAAAAGACCAGUGCUGCAAUCUGAUGUAAAAUCUGGAAAUUUUGAUGGCAUGCCUAAGGAAUUGAGACCCUUGGAUCAAAUUUUGUGAUUUUUGCUAAUUCUCCUGUCCUCUCUGUUAUUAUGACCUAUGACACCUCCAGAAUGAUAAAUUGAUAUCAACUUCUUUCUCUGGUAAUUUUAUUUUUUCGGUAUUAGAUUAAA